AGGCAACCAUUCCUGAUAAAGUCAGAGCGAGCGAGGUACGAAAUCUUCUUCAAACAACUCGCAAUGCAAUGGUCAUCUCCCGUAAUUUUACGAUUCGAAUGGUAGCCAAGGCCGUCCAAUGGCACACAGCAAAAGCAGAUACGAUCUGGAUCCCCGUAUAGCAUGUAUUUCGCCGUUAUGGAACCAUUCGUCUGGUAGUGUUGUUACUCUGAAAAUGAGACCUCCCGCUACACCGUUUACUUCGCUUGAUACUUUCAUGGCAGCUCAUAGUCCCAGAAGAUUUUGCCAAUCAAGACAGAAAUACCUUUUAAAACCCUUGACUUUGGACAGAAAAAUUGGGGAAUCCACUUUUGCGCUUAUUGGAGACAAGAAUCCACGAUCGAAAUCCAGGAUUGAGGAAAGUAAACCUAAAAGCCCUGGCAGAACUCGUCAAUUGAACAGCAGGAAUCGGAACGAUAGCCCGAGUGGCACAUCAACAAGUGGACAGGACAGCAGUAGUGACCAGGAACAAAACUACACCCGGGUACUCCCCCUUGGGAAGUGUCAGAUUAACAAUGACGAGGAAUUGGUGGACCAGUGUGGCACACCUUCCCCUCGCUUCAAGUCAGGAUCUUUCCGGCCACCCCCAAGGCUACCUUUUACAUUCAAUCAUAGCGCUUCCAUACCUAGCUCACCUAGAGAUGCUACUGAUUUGAUUGCAAUUGGGACAAUAUCAAUGACGUCUCAGAGGCAGCCUCCUCCUAAACCGAUGUCCAGGGAACCAACCCCGAGUGAAGUGUUUGAGGAGUGCAAUGACCUUGGAUCACCUAAACCACCUAAGAUUACCACACCUAAAUCGUGGAAAACAAAAGCUACUCUUAAUCUAAAAGGGUGCAAAUACUCGGAUCCACUUGCAGGAGCUGGCCCUGGUUUCCAGGCACGAAUUGCAGAAAUGGCACAAUUAGAAGUAGAGACAAUAAAGUAUGAAAAGUCGAGAAAGGUUAAAAAGAAAUCCCCCACAUAGUAUCUAUGAACACUUAUGUGUCAACAUAGGAAGUAUUUUAUAUUUUAGAAUUUUAAAAAUAUUAAUAAUAGCAUAUAUGAAUAUUUGUCUUGUAAUAGUAAGCAACUAUAAAAGUAGCCAUUUUUUAAAGAAAGGUUGCUCUUUUACAAACCUUUACAUUAAACCAAUCUUGUAUAAGACAGUAAGUGCUAAGUACUUAUUAGUUUUAAUUUAUUGCCAGUUUAAACUUGUCUUUCAAAUAUGUUUCUCUUUACCAGUCAUAAAUUGACUGCAACUAACAUCAAACCAAAAGUAAUUCCCAAGGAAAUAAUUAAAUUAUUCUUUAUACAGCAUGAGCACAUGUGCCCUUUGUUAUCCUCGUGCGGGGGUGUGGGUACAAGUUUAUUAAAAUAGUAAAAUUACCCUUUCCUACUCUUUUAUAUUUAUUAUGUGUUAAUAGCUUGCACUUUGCAACUUUGCAUAUCUACCUUUGUUCAUAUAUAGUUACACUGUUCGAGAAGUAAAACAGAUUACAUAUAAAUGAUGAUCCAUAACACAUUUAUGUUUAUAACACAUUUUUAUUGUUGGUAUAGAUUUACAACAAAUAGACAGAGAGUGUCAUU